AUGAAGGAGAGAGAGGGAGCUGGGAAUGACAGUGUGGAGAUAAAGGUGCAUCCAAGGACGGGAAGCCCGGCAGGACCACCGCACGGGAACCAGUUCCAGAACCAAUCUGUUUUCAAGAAAUGGGUGCCAUGGCUUGUUCCUUUAUUCGUGGUGACUAACAUUGCUGUCUUUAUUGCCGUCAUGUAUGUCAAUGAUUGCCCAACCAAUUCUGGCUCUUGUGUUGCUCCUUCUUUGGGCAGAUUCUCCUUUCAGCCUCUCAAAGAAAAUCCUCUUCUUGGUCCCUCCUCAUCCACUUUGGAGAAGAUGGGAGCUUUAGAUGUGAAUAAAGUGGUGCAUAAACACCAGAGUUGGCGCCUCAUUUCUUGCAUAUGGUUACAUGCUGGAGUCUUCCAUGUGCUUGCCAACAUGUUGAGUCUCCUCUUCAUUGGAAUUCGUCUUGAGCAGGAAUUUGGGUUCUUGCGAAUUGGUUUGGUCUAUGUCAUAUCUGGCUUUGGUGGGAGUUUGUUGUCGGCUUUGUUUAUUCAGACAGGUAUCUCUGUUGGUGCCUCUGGUGCACUUUUUGGUUUACUGGGAGGCAUGCUUUCAGAGCUGAUUACAAAUUGGACCAUAUAUGCAAAUAAGUUGGCAGCAUUGUUGACUCUCCUUUGCAUCAUUGCAAUAAAUCUAGCGGUUGGACUCCUCCCACAUGUAGACAACUUUGCUCAUAUUGGAGGAUUUCUCUCUGGCUUUUUUCUGGGCUUUGUGUUCUUAAUUCGCCCCCAGUUUAAGUGGAUCAACCAAAAAGCAUGUCCUCCAGGAUACAUUGCACCCCCAGCUAAAUCUAAACACAAGGCGUAUCAGUAUGUACUGUUGGUUGUAUCUCUGAUAGUACUCAUCACUGUAUUUACUCUUGGGCUGGUUGCACUCCUUCGAGAAGUUAAUGUGAAAGAUAACUGUUCAUGGUGUCAUUAUUUGAGCUGCGUCCCUACUUCGUUAUGGAACUGCAAAUCACAGCAAGUUUAUUGUCAGUCGACGCAACUUGGAAAUCAAUUUAACCUGACGUGCUUGAGCAACGGGAAAAGCAACUUGUAUUAUUUGUCUGAUAACGACUCUUCCAAGGUUCAGCAGUUAUGCUCUGAGCUUUGCAGUUGA